UGGAAGUAAAUAAGACUUGGCAGUUAUAAAAAAUAUCUUCAAGCGUGAGAAUGAUGGAGGAGACAAGCGGCUCUAUGGUUGGACCGAGCGGCUCAGUCUUGGCUGAUGCCACUGAGGCGUGCGCCUCAACGGCUACGACAAGUCCACACUCUUCUCAUAUGCAGACGCAUGAAGAACAAAAGCGUGCUUGGAUGAAGAUUCUAGGAGGCGGAGGAGAGCCGGCAACGAAGAAAUCAAGCAAGAAGGCCGGUGAUAAGGAAAGGAAGCUAAAAAUGAAAGAAUAUAUAUGUCUUGAGUGCGGUCACUUACUCGCGCGGAAGACACGAAGCUAUGGCGAACGGCAUUCAAGAGAGCAACACAAAGGGGAAUAUGACUAUCAGUGGACCAAAUCGAUUGUAUUUCGUGAUUCGCCUCUUAACACUAAAGGAAGUAAAAUUGAUAAUAUUCCUCUUCCUCACUUGCCAAGCGAUCUUUUGCUUGAGUCUCAUGGCGCUACCUCUCCUCGGUCUCGUACCCGUCCGCCACGGUCUCCUCGCAACCGUUCUCCUCUGUCUCUUCACGCCAGUUCGCCUCGUUCUCCUCGCGCCCGUUUGCCUCGGUCUCCUCGUGUCCGUUCGCCUCACUCUCCUCGCACCCGUUCGUCUUGGUCUUUGGGCAACCGUUCACCUAGGCCUUCUCACGUUCUAUCAAGAUCUCCACAGUUUUGUUCAAUAACUGGGUCCAUUGCCUCAGUUCCACGAAAACAAAACUCCCUAGAAUCAUUCGUUCUAUUGCCAGCCAAGACUAAUUCCGAGAAUGUUGGAGAUAAUUUAUCACAGCCAGAUUCAAGUUAUGAGGCUAUCUUUCAGCGCCUAGACUGGCUGGUUGAUAAAUUAACUGCAAAACCAUCGCAAAGUGUUUGCUGUUGUGUCUCUUCCAAGGAAAAGAGCCAGAGUUUAAACACAGAGUCUUACUUGACAGCCAAAAACGUGGCCAUUCUCAAGUCAUCAACAUCUUUGAUCGCUAUUAGCCAGAAUUCGUGCAUCAAAAUUGAAGAAGGAGAGGGAGCAAGCUGCAAAGUGUACUGCAGUGUAUGCAGAGCUGCAUUUGGACUGCAAGGAAAACUUAACCGUGGCAGAGCAGUGGAAUCUUUGAAGGAAUUUUGUCGUGGUUUCCGUGUUGAGGUGACUGAACUUGGUUCCUCAGAGACGCACCGCAGAAAAUUUUACAGCAUCCGUCGUAAAUUUGUCGACCAUCUUCUUGGUGCUUCAUCCAGUGGCGAUGCCCACGUCCAAGCUGUCCUUGAUUUCAAAGAAAAAAUGGAGGAGCAAAGCAGAGUACCGGUACCGUACUAA